AAAUACACUCUUGACUGACUCUACUACGCUACUUCAACUCACCAUUAACGCUAUACUCAAGUCUCAUUAUCAAUUAACUAUCAUGCUUGUCGAUCGACUUCCUCAUCGUCACGAUUCUUUUCAUCGAUCUGGUAGAGUUGGUUCGGAUCAUAGACCAUCUUCUUCAUUCAGGUCAAGACCCUAUAGUCUGCCUCAUCAUCUUCAAACUCCUGCUGGAAACUCUGACGAACAAUGGUCUCACGAUCUUUUCGAGUCAGACUCUGACGUCUAUGCACCUAAAAUCCGUUUUAAAGUCGAUCUACCAACUUCUUCAGAACCUGUCCCAUCUCCAUCACUCAGACCAUUUGGAAAGUCACAUAACGUGACCUCUAUCAUCGUUCCAUCAACCAAUACCCGUCUCUUUGCAAGCACUGGGCUACUCGAUCAACCUACAGUAGUCUCUCAAGUUCAACGUGAACCUGUUCAAUGUACCGUCCCACCUCUCAUUGAACCAGUCCAAACUACUCGUGCUCCAUUAUCCCUUCUCAGUCGAAUUCAAACAGCCGCAAGACCACCUGUUGUACAUCAACCUCUAGAACUGAUUCCUAAUGCUAUCACCACCUCAACGUUUACAAAUCGAAUCAAUCGAACAGAACCAACUCCAACUCCAAGUGAGAUUAGAAAAGCUAGAGAAUCUCAUGAACAAAAAGUUCGUACUGCUAGAGCACAGAAAUCAUAUGAUAUAGCAUUACAAAAGUAUUUGAAUGGACCGGUGAUUCUUGAAGUUUCGAAUUUAGCUGAUGGUACAAGUGCCGAAGAUGUCAAGACCGCUUUUGCCGACUUUGGGGAAAUUCAAGAAUGUUCAACAGAAGAAGGUCCUAAACAGGGUAUUCAACCUACUUUGAAAGCUCGAAUGAUCUUUAUCAAUCGAGCGGAUGCCGACAAGGCUGUUGAAGCACUCAAUGGUGUCUUGGCCGACGGUUUACUCUUGAGUGUUAAAGUUGUUGGCAGACCAGGCAAGAAACCGGACCGUGCCGACUUUCUACCACCAUCUACCUCACAUAUGGUUUCGACUCCAAGUGUGGUUCCGGUCACUGUUGUACAACCUCUGGUGGCAAAAGUGGAUGUCGAGAUGUCAUCAGCUGCUGAAGAUGUCGUAAUGGAAAUCGAUACCCCUGCACCCUUGACAGCUUCUUCACAAUCUGCCACUGGAAAACUUCGAUCCGAAGCCCUUGUUUAUUGUGAUCCAAGAGCAUCACUCCAAUCAGAACCCCAAACCACACCAAUGUACAAAUCACCCCCAGCACGAGCACCAAUACCAAUUCAAGCACAACCACCACCGCCACAAGCUUCAAGAUCAUUACUUACAGAUCGAGUACAACCAGCUACAAAGUCAUCACAUAAUACAGCAACGGAUAAUUUAAUGAAUUCGAUUGGAAUCAGUCCAGAUGCGAUGAAAUUAAUGUCAAGAUUACAAGUAGUUAAUCAACCUGAUUUAAAGAUUUCAAAUCAUCAUCAUCAUGGUCAUGGUGGAAGAGGUGGAAGAGGUGGAAUGAAUUCUGGGAAAAGUAGAGGUGCUAAUGGAAAUAGUGGGAAUGGGAAUGGAAAACCUUCUUUGUUGGCUAGGAUUGGAAAGAAUUGAUUUAGUUUUAUUUUAUACUUGAUGAUGAUUUCUUUUUUCUUUCCUUGUGAUCUGUUUUUUUGUUAUGAGUUUUUUUUUGGCUUUUGUUUUGAUAAGUGGUAUUUGAAGUAAAGUGAAAAGAAAAAAAAGAACAAAAAUUGGUAUUGGUUUUUUUUUCUUUUUCUUUUCUUUUGAAUUUGAUUGUUUGGAAAUAACAUGAUGGAUAUGAUAAGAUAAGAUAAAAACAAAGAUAUAAAAUUCUAUAAGUGUGUU